AUGAAUCUAAGUGCUACAAAACAAUCAUCUGCAGAUGCUAAUAGAUAAAAUGCAAUGAUAGGUGACCAAGAUAUAUCUGUAUUUUGUAUAGAUGAGAGCACAAUAGAGCAAUCGCUCAGGUGCUCUCUCUAAGUUUCAUAGUGCAAUUUCAAAUAAUAAGGCUCAAUAAAGUAGAAUAUGAAUAAGUUACUCUUCCAAAGCAAGUAAUUUCAUCGCGCUGAUAAUGCUAGAACUGACUUUAAGAUUAGCUAGACGUCUAGUAAUAAUGUUAAUAACUUGAAAAAGAAUGGGAUUUAUUAAACUUCUAUGGAUUACAAAAAUAAAUUUACCAUUUUUGAGAAUAAAGGCGAAAUCAAUCAUUUGGAUCAUUCUAUUGUCAUACAAAAAAACAAAGAUUUAUUAGAAGAAGAAGAAAAUCUAAUAAAAUUAGUAAGUGAGCACCUCAUUCAAUCUAUUCAAUAUUUGCAAAAGAGAUAAAACUAAUAGCAAUCAGCAUUCCUCGAAACUGAAGGAGAAGAUGUUCCUGAUGAAAACAUAGCUAUUCAUACUAUUAAAAGUGAUAUAAUUGGACCAAAUCUUUUAAGUCAGAAGAAUGAAACAACUGACAUGGAAAAAGUUAAAUACUUGGAAUAAAAUUUUACACAACUUGUAUGGCUGUAACAGUGUAGGAAAGAGAAUGAAAGGAAAAAGUAAAAUAGCUAAUAAAAAGACUCUUUAGAUGAUUCUGACUCUGAUACAGAUUUAGAAACUCCAUAAAUCUUCUAGAAAGUAAUUUAUAAGAAGGGUUCGAGCUCAGAAACCCCCAUUUUAGCAAGGAAUCUGGGAAAGAGAAAAUAAUCUAAUCUUGAAGAAUCAAAAACUACUUCUUAAAUGAUAAAUAGCUUCAGUGAUGAUUACAGCUCAGAUAGCCUAGAAGAAAACGAAAACUCCUAAGAGAUGAACAUACAAAAAUAGCAAUCAGAAGGAAGUAAUUAAAUGUAAAAAAACAGAAAAUUAAAAUAAAAUUAAGAGGACCAAUUGUAUAAGGAUAUUGAAACUAUGAAGUAACAUAUGCAUGCAAACGGUCUUAUUAACUCGAUUGAACUCCAAAAGGACCAAGUCUUAUAAUCCCAGCGCUUAACAGAAUCAUAACAAUUCAACCGCAGUCAGAAAAAAUUCUUGACAACCUCAAAUGUUUAAAUAAACGCCAAUUAACAAGAUUAAGAGAGUAGUUACUCAUAAAAUAUAUCUAGGAGUAUCAAAAAAUAAUACACUGCAGUUAAGCCAACUUCAGCAUAGAGUAAAUUAGGUAUCCAUUCAGAAAAUAACCAGUAAAUCAAAUAAAGCUAAGAAUUAUCUCCUCCUUUUGAUUUACUGUAACCUGUAGAAAGAAAUUCUUUUUUAAUACCUCCUCAGAUGAUCGAUAAUAAUAUUCUAAGUGGUUCCACGAUGGAUGAAACUUAUGACUUGUAAUAAAAUAUUCAAUAAAUGAAGUAAUUAAAUCCUUUUGAAGACAAAUAAAUGAACCAAAAAUUUAACAAUCUAAUGUAAAACAGCAUUAUGAUUAAUUAAAAGAAAAAAAGUAUUCUUUCAACUCAAUCUCAUAACCAAAAUCAUUUCAGCGGUAAAAAGAAUGACCAACACUGUUAUGGGGUACGGUUUGAUUAGAAUGUAGAAUUUUUUGAUAGUAAUUUAGAUCUUCUUAAAAAGCACCAUGACUAAUCAAUGAAUUAAUCUCUUAUUCCUGAGAGUAAAGGUGGCCCUUCGCUACCUCAUCCUUCAGGUAUGAGAUCAUAGUCUUAAAAUAACAAAGUUCAAUAAAAUUCUCAUAAUAUGUAAUUAACUCCUUCAAUCAUCGAACAAAGAUCUUCUGAAAUAAAAAAUCAACAUAUAAUUCAAGAAGGCUGGCUUCUCAAAAAGAGCACAAAUAAAAUGCUUAACACUUAUCAAAAAAGAUAUUUCAUCUUAACUAGUGAAAAACUAUUCUACUCUAAAGAUCCCACAUUCAAAAAGAUUAAAGGAUGCAUCAAUAUCAAAUAUCUCACUUGCUUUGUCUCUCUAAAUAAGACAAACCCCAAAAAACUUCAUUUGAAGAUUACUGAAAUGAAAAAAUUGCUUAAAUUAAAAGAAAUAGUUCCUGGAGACAUCUCUAAGUGGUAGAAAAACCUCUAACAAGUUAUAUCUUACUAUUACAAUUAAGAAAAAGUUAUGAUGGCUUAAGACCUUUAAACUAAAAACAAUUACAAAAGAGAUGUGAUUACAGAAUCGGAUUUAGAAACAAUAGCUGAAACUGGCGACAUUAUCAUAUUCCAUGAUUCAGAAAAAUCUAAAAAUUUAUCAAUUUGUAAUCAACUUGAAAUGGGAAUGCUUAUAAAAUUCAACAAUAACGAUCUCAGAGUUUUUUAUGUUGAUAAAAAUAACUCAAUUAACUUAUGCCAUUGGGAAAGAUUUAUCUUAGAAAAUGAUAUUUACAAUUCCUUGAUUUUUAGAAAACUCUAAAUGAGUGAAAGAAACCAAAUCCUUCCUUACAUCUAUGAGUCAGUUAGAUAACAUUUAAAUGACAACUACAAGAAAAAACUCAAAGACACGCUAAGUGAUAGCUAAGAAGAUUCUAAGCUAUUGCCAUCAAUUCAAAGAAAUAGCUAGCUUAUAGCCUCCAUUUACUAAAAAGCAAAUUUAAUUAAACAUCAAAAGAAUAUCAAUAAAUAUACAACAGAUUCAUUCUGCUAAAAGAAAAGACUUAAACUACUCAACGAUGCAAAGCUUAGCAACGAAAUUACAGUCGUGCUAAAAAGACAUAUCUUUUUUGCUAGCGACAACUCUGAUUUAGAAUGA